AUGUCCCGCCGCGGCGUCGGCCUUGCCGCCUUCGACCGCUCGCGCAUAACCUCAGCGCAGUUCGCGAGCCACGGCUCCUCCCUGCGCUCAGCCAACGCAGCCGCUUUACAAACCCAACUCGAGGUGUUCCGGUCCCUCUUGCAACAAUUUGCCCAACAACAUGGUCGCGAGAUCCGCUCGAACCCAACGUUUCGCGCCCAGUUCGCGCGCAUGUGCGCUGCGAUUGGGGUCGAUCCGCUCGCAAGCAGCGGUACUGGCUCAGGGAGUGGUGCUGGGGGUGGGAGUUUAGGGGGUUCUGUGUGGUCGCAGUUGUUGGGGAGGACGGUGAAUGAUUUUUAUUUUGAGCUUGCGGUCAGGGUGGUGGAGGUGUGCAGCGAGACCAGGAAUGAGAAUGGCGGGUUGAUUGAGCUGAGAAAGGUGCAGGAGAGGAUAAUGAAGGGACGUCCGGAGGGGGCGGGGGAGAUUACGGAAGAUGACAUCCUCCGCGCAGUCGGCACUCUAAAGCCCCUUGGUUCAGCCUACUCCAUCAUCAAAGUCGGCAGCAAGUCUUACAUCCGGUCUAUCCCCAAGGAGCUCAACACAGACCAGAGCGCGGUGCUAGAAGCGGUGCAAGUGCUGGGGUACGUGAGCGUGUCGAUGCUGAUGGUCAACCUGCACUGGACUCGGGCACGCGCACAGACGGCGCUCGAAGAUCUGGAGGGCGAAGGCAUACUGUGGGUGGACAAGCAGGCCGAGGAAGAGUGGGAAUACUGGAGCCCGAGUUUCAUCCUGGAGAAUCCGGAUUUUGCUGUCGGCGGAUGA